AUUUAGGUUAUGUUUUUCCCUGUUUUUGCUAGCUGCUGUUUGCGGUUGUUACAUUAGUUAAUUUUAAAAAGUUUAAGGUUUUUGAACAAACGACUAAAUACAAAUAUGAAUUUAAACGAAGAUUUCAUUAACGUUCAGGGAAUAUUAUUAAGUGUGGAAAAAACCGCCGGGCCACUCGCAAAAGUCAGACACCGAGGAGGUCAUGAAUCAACCAUUUUGAAUUUAUCGAGUGAGCUACUUAAGUUCCUUUCUUCAAAGAGCUACAUAAAAAAUCAACAAAUUAAUGAUGCUUUCGAUGAACAACUUAAAGAGAUUUGUUUGUUUCUUAUACUUAAUACCGAAUUUAAAGAACCGCUAAAUGAGCCAGGUUUUGAACAUUUGAUUAACAUAACGCCUCAACUCUCCACAUGUUUGUUAGCCAAUGUCAUCGUAGGCCUGGAUUUAAGCAAACAUUUCUGUAAUGCACUUCACCGCUUUGAUUCAAAUGUAAUUCAACAAAUUUUGCUUGAAAUUGUUCCGUGUAUCAAAAAGUGCAAAUUAAAAAUACACGUGGUUAAUGCAUAUGAGUAUUUAAAAUUAAUAAUAACUAAAAUAAUGGUCGCUAAUGAUUCAUCUGCUGUUGAAAGUUUCACUGAUAUUGCGUCUCAGAUGUUAUUAAAUUUAACUGGUUUGCAUGGACAUCAAAUCGAAAAUGCGAGAAUUGAUUCAGUUUAUGUGUGUAUGGGCUAUACGCUGCUGAAUUUGUUAGAUUUACUUUUACUGUGUAAUGAAAAAAACAAGAAUUUGGAAAAAAUAAUAGAAAAACUGAUAAAAACGUGUUGUUCUAUUAUGAUGGCUGUUACGUUAGAUGUGUACUGUUCGUGGGCUGAGGUGGAGCAUGAAGAUGAAAUUCUCCAAAUGAUAAUUGCUAGCAAAAGUUAUAUAUUUAUUGAAAAGUAUCAGAAGAACACUCAUGCUAAAGAAUUGAUUACUAUGUUGGGAACAAUAGCCAAAAAACCUAAAACUAUAAAUGAACAAAUCUACUCAGCUGAUAAAGCAACAAUGGUAGCAAUGGUCAACAAAGCAGAUAGCAACCAAAAACAAUGGUUUACGGCAUUGUUGAACACCCAAGUAUUAGAUUGUAAAGACAGUAUUGACUGUGUGGAUAGAUGGGCAUUCCUGUGCACUGUGAGUGAUGUAACACGCUUACUUAAUUUGAGUAUUUACAAAAAAAAUACAGAUGUGAGAAAUGUAGUUGUGAAAUGUGCUGCAACUUUAGAUUUCAAUGAAUUAGUGUUGGUUACAACACGACACUUUUUCCAAAAUGGCAUUACGCAUAAUUUAAAUGACAAUGUGCAACCACAGUUGAUACUGAUUUUUAACAAAAUCAAAGAUAAGAAUAUUGGGAAUGAAUUUUGCAAAGAACUGUAUUUAUUGUUACUACAAAACCCAAAACAGACUUUGAGUUAUAUAUUUAGCGAAUGUUCAAAAAAUGCGUUUUAUUCAUGUAAUUUAGCCCCGUUUUGGCCUUCUAUUAAAGAAAUAAUAACCAUUGAUAACUUUGGCAUGAGUGCGUUGGAAAAUGAAAUGAGCAAUAAUAAACUGUGUGAACAGAAUUGUCGGAAUUAUAUACAGUUAUGCAAUGCCCUGGCAGGACCGGUUGUUACCGCUGGAAAAAUAGUCACUGACGUAAUUCUGCCACUCCUGCAGGACUCAGUUAAUGAAGAAAAUUUUACGCUUACUACAUUUGGGCUAGAAAUUCUAAAGGAUCUGCAUGGAGAUAUUGUUCUAGAAGAUAAAACUGAAAACUUGUUUAAUUUCUUAUUAGAAUUAAUGAAAUCAUGUCGCUGUAACUUCUCUACAUUUGAUGGGCUCAACCAGGAAGUUGUAAAAUUGACAGUAGAUGUCGUUGAUAAAUAUUCAAAGAUGAAUAGAAGUGUUGUUUAUUCCAGUGGACAGGGACUUAAAUCUGAAGAUCUAUUUAUCACAUUUUAUAAAGAGAAAUUAUUUGGACCAAAUUCCGACAUUAAUCCGCUAACCCAUUUCUUCCAAAUCAGUUUUGAAAAGCAUGCAGAAAUAGUAGCUCAUUUAAUUAAAGUGUUAGCUGUAUGUGUAACUCCAGAGUGGGUGAUGCUAUCAACAAAUUUACUCAAUUUUUGUGGGACUGAAAAGACUUCAGAAUUACUUUGUGAUUCUAUGAUUCUAAUUUGUGAGGUGGUAAAGAGUCAAGAUACGGAAACAGAGGAGGUAAAGCGUAUGUUUAAUGCUUUGAGAUAUUACUUACAGAAUCUUGGAAUAGUUAUUAAGGACUGUCUUCAGCCCAAAGUAAACAGUUUGAAAGAAGAUGUUACUUUAACAAAAAAUGUAUGCCGUCUAUUGAAAGAAGUUCCUAGCGGCAGCUUAAAAAGUGAAGAAGGUCUUUCUCUUGCAAGCCUGCUUUCUGACGUGUCGCUGAAAGCAUUGAGACCAGACAAAAAAUUUGCCUGCUUAAUAGCUUCAAUUAAUGAACCUCAUAUUUGUAGAAUGUUGGCAACAAAAAUACUGAGUUAAUAUUCAUUCCUUUUUUAUAUAUUUAUGGCUGUAGGUUAAAAUAUCAAUUUGUUAAUAAUAAUCGCUAAGUACAGUUUAUAUGCAAAAAAAGAAAGCUGUUUGUUUGUAAUAAUUAUGUCUUAGAGACACAAAGGUUUUUUUAAUGAUUUUUCUUGAGAGUAAGU